GUUCUCCCCUCCAAACAAUGUUCUCUAAACCCUGCACGGCCCUCAACCACUCUUCCACUGCUAAACUCAAGGCGUUGGAUUGAUUCUACCAGCUACAGUUUGCCAUGGCGACGGUGGUGAUGGAGCAGAUCGGUCAGCUGUUCAUCAACGCGCAGCAGCUGCGUCAGAUCCCUCAGCUGCUGGAGUCGGCCUUCCCCACCCUACCUUGCACUGUGAAGAUCUCCGAUGUUCCCUGGGUGUUCCGCGAGCGUCACAUCCUCACCGGCUACAGGCAGCCGGACCAGAGCUGGCGCUACUACUUCCUCACCCUCUUCCAAAGGCACAACGAGACCCUCAACGUGUGGACCCACCUGCUGGCCGCCUUCAUCAUCUUGGUGAAGUGGCAGGAGAUGUCGGAGACGGUGGAUUUUUUGCGAGACCCUCACGCUCAGCCCCUCUUCAUUGUCCUCCUGGCGGCCUUCACCUACCUCUCCUUCAGCGCCCUUGCUCACCUCCUCUCUGCCAAGUCCGAGCUCUCCUACUACAGCUUCUACUUCCUCGACUACGUGGGGGUCGCCGUAUACCAGUAUGGCAGUGCUCUGGCGCACUACUACUACGCCAUAGAGAAGGAGUGGCACACUAGAGUGCAAGGGAUCUUUUUGCCCGCGGCAGCAUUCCUGGCCUGGCUAACGUGCUUCGGCUGCUGCUAUGGCAAAUACGCGAGCCCUGAGCUGCCAAAGUUAGCCCUCAAGCUCUGCCAAGUGGUGCCCUCCGCCUUGGCUUACUGUUUAGACAUAAGCCCAGUGGUCCACCGCAUCUACAAAUGCUACCAGGAGGGCUGCUCCGACCCAGUCGUGGCAUACCACUUCUACCACGUGGUCUUUUUCCUCAUCAGCGCCUAUUUCUUCUGCUGCCCUCACCCAGAGAGUUUGUUCCCUGGGAGGUGUGACUUCAUCGGGCAGGGCCACCAGAUCUUUCACAUAUUCGUGGUGGUGUGCACCCUGAUGCAGAUCGAAGCGCUGAAAACAGACUUCACAGAGCGCCGCCCCUUCUACGAGCGCCUUCACGGCGAUCUCGCACACGACGCCGUUGCGCUCUUCAUCUUCACUGCCUGCUGCAGUGCCCUUACCGCUUUCUACGUGCGCAAUCGUGUCCGUGCCUCGCUACACGAGAAGGAGGAGUAA